CAGGUAGAGGAACUGGGAUGCAUACAAAUUUGAGGCGGGAGAUAGUUUGUAGUUUGUAGUGCCGUUGUAAAACACCAGCCUGUACGUGUGUUGUGGUUGAUUGCACGAACUUACCAUGUAAGAACCAAGGUGGUUCUGUAGAAUGUGCAUCACCAGAUCCCGUGGAUACUGUUAGCAUAAACACUUGGGAUCAAUGUUUUGUAACAUUUAAGUACAGUGCAUCAAGAUGGAUCACGAGAGGCAGUUUUAGAAUGUUUCUCCAGAGAACUGUGGGAGUAUCGACCAACUCCUACAUUAAAACAUCUCUUGAUGCAAGAUUAUUUGGCAUAAGGAGGAGGAGAAGGAAAAGGAAACAGGAAAUGUCUCCAUUUACAAUCAAUUUAAUGAAGAUGGAUGGUGUUGAGAAAGAGGAGCAAGACAUAGUUUUAGUGGUGAGAGCUAUCAAGACAGGGAAAGCAGGUGAGACAGAGGUCAUUAUAGGUGAUUUAAUAAAGUAUGGUGGGGAAGCAUUAAGACAAGCAUCAAUUGGGCUGUUCAGGAAAAUCCCAGAGAUAAGGAAGGUGCCUCAGGAUUGGAACAGGAGGAGGGUUACACUUAUACACAAGGGAGGAAGAAAGUCAAGGGAGGACAUAGAUAAUUACAGACCCAUAGCAGUGGUAAACAUACUAGCCAAGGCAUUUGGGUGGGUGAUAAAUGAUAAGUUGAAGACAUGGAUAAAGAAGAAUAAGGUGCUUGGAGAGGAACAGAGUGGUUUUGGGCAGGAUACAGGUGGUUUAGAAAAUGUGCUAGUUUGAAGGAAAUAAUUGAAAGAAAUAAAAAGCUAGGGAAGGAGCUUAAUCCAAUCUUCCUAGAUAAAGAAAAGGCUUAUGAUAGGGUAGACAGGAACAAACUGCUAACACUACUUAUACACAGAGGGGUGGACAGGAAGGUAGCAAGCUGUAUGAGGAUGAUGAGGUGAAGUUUAUGAUAGAUGUUAGUACAGGCUGGAUGAAAAAUAAUAUAGGAGUAUGGCAGGUUUGUGUGAUGAACCCUACCCUAUUUAAUAUGUACAUAGAAGAGUUGAUUGCAAGGAUUAGGAUGUCAGAGAAAGGUGUAAAAGUUGGGGCUAGGAGAUUAGGAUUUCUAGCCUAUACUGAUGACAGUGCUAAUGGCAGAGAGUAAGGAGGACAUGCAGGAGCUGUUGCAUGUAGCCAACAUUUAUGGAUGAGACUGGGGUGUUAGGUACAGGUGUUAGGUACAGUAAUAGAAAAUGCAAGCUAAUGGAGUUUAAUAGUCAGGGGGAGAUACAGUGGAUAUUAGGGAACAACAUACUAGAGGUGGUAAUUAGGUACACUUACCUGGGGCUAGAAGUGAGCAAAGAAGGAAUAGGAGAAAAACAAAUGAUAAUAAAUUAAGGGAAAGCCAGGAAGAUGACAGAGAUGAUAAUAAAUGCAGGGAGCAGAUCACUCAAUAAGUAUGAAGCAAGCAGAAGCUUGCUGUAUGGGAGGUAGACUUUGCAAAAUUAGAGAAGACCUAGAACACAGUACAUAGGUGGGGGUUAGGUGCUCCACACAGCACAACUGUAGAAGCCAUCAGAGGAGAGAUGGGCCGGAGCACUUUCAGAGAGAAUAAUUAAAGGGAAGUUGAUCUUUUUGAAGAAGAUAAAAAGGACUUGAUGAGGAUAGGUGGGUGAAACAGGUAGUGAGGGAAAACAUUAGGUCUUCAUAGAGGAGGGAAACUGAUAGAUGCAAAAGGAGGGAAAACCUUAAUGAGGACUGGAGUAGGACAGGACACAGGGAGAUGAAGAAAAAGGAUAGGAGAAGGUGGUUUAGCAAGAUGGCUGGCAGGGAUAGAAACUAAGUCUACACUAAAGUGAUAUAAGUGUAAGGAGAGACCUGAGGCACGCCACUGGCAUGUAGGAGACUGGGGUAGCAAGCUAUUAGUGAAGGCAAGGAUAGGGACACUGGAGGUAAAAGCUAGGAAAAGGGAUGAGCUGGAUUAGGUAUGUAACAGUUGCAGAGGGGUGAGGGAGACCGUGGAACAUUUCGUGGUUGAGUGUGUCAGAUAUGAAGAGGAGAGAGAUAGUUUGAUAGGCUCCCUAACAACAAUUAUAGGAGAAGAUGAGUGGCAUAAUGGGCUAGAGGGGGGGGGACAGUGGAGUCCUCACAGUGCUGGGUUUGUAUCAAGGGGAGAGGGAGAGAGAAAAAAAGAGAAUAGUAAGAGUGACAAAAGGUACAGGUACAGGUACAGGUACAGGCAUGGAGAAAACAGACCAUUUUAGCUAUAUAGUUUUGCUCCCUGUGUUGUGCUCUCCGUUUUCCUUCUGCAGGUAUUGGUAAGACCAGAGUGAAGCACUGAAGGGAAGGAGGACCUAUGAAGCAAUAGAAAGUGAAAGAAGUCACAAGAAGAAGAAGAGUUAAUGGAGUUAAAGUAAUUAUUCACUAGAGGCUGUGACCACAACCUGCACAGCCCCAUCAAAUUCCAACAAGAACAAGGAUGUAAUUAUUCGCUGUGACAUAAACUCAUACAGAUAAGACUACAGAUCAUUGAUGCUGAAGAAAAUAGUGGUGUGUUCUUUCCCAGGCCAUAAGAAAAUGCCUACCACCAUGCUUUAUAUAUAUCAUCAUGCAUUCAUUAAAUCAAGCAGAAACUUCUAUACAGCAUGUUCACAGAAAAAGAAUGCUACCUUUGUUAAAAACAUUACUCAAAGCUAUAAAGUGCAUAAUAGAAUAAAUACUCAUUCCCAGUGUUAUACCUCAAGGAAAUAUUUUCAUGUACAAAAAGAUUUUCUUCAGGUUCAAAGGCAAGGGGUUAAUCAGAUUUGCCAUUAUCACUGUGCUAUUAAUAGUAGAAAUCCUGCACAUGGGGGCUGCCUAAAGCAACUUGCAUCACCCAGACACCAGUAUUUAUUUGCCGUCCCUUGCCGCCGCAUAUCUCUGGCAUGGCUGGACUCUUUAGCUGUCACUCAGGCAGGCUGGUUCAGAGCUCUGGGACAGUCACGGCUGGUGGAAAAUCUAAUGGAAGGACUGCAAGCCAUCCAUGAUUAUUCUCACUUGCCUUGGUGGGGCUGUAUAAUCCUCUCUACCAUCUUAAUGCGCAGUAUUCUCACCUUUCCUUUUGCUGUAUAUCAGAAGUACAUCAUGGCAAAAGUAGAGAACCUCAAACCUGAAAUGAGUGAAUUGGUACAAGAGCUGAAGAAGGAAACUGCUUAUGCAGUAAGGAAAUAUGGAUGGAAUGAAAAACAUGCAAGGUACAUGUUCAACAGAUCGGCCAAAAAGAUGUGGAGGGAGCUCAUAAUUCGAGACAACUGUCACCCAUUCAAGGCCAGCGCUGUUCUAUGGGUCCAGCUUCCCCUGUGGAUUUCCAUGUCAGUUUCUCUCCGUAACAUGGCCUCCAUGAUGCCACACCAAGAUACAGCUGCCCAGGUGUUAUUCAUGCAGCUAAGCACUGGAGGAUUUGGUUGGAUUCCGAAUCUCACUGAUGUAGACCACUCUUUGAUUUUACCAGUGCUUAUGGGGCUCACCAAUCUUCUUAUUAUUGAGAUUAGUGCUCUGAGUAGGAUUCAGGAAGGAUCCAGAAUACAGAAAAUUGCUACAAAUGUAUUCCGUGUAAUUUCUGUGGCCAUGAUUCCUAUUGCAUCUGCUGUGCCUUCAUGUGUAGCACUCUACUGGGUGACCUCUAGUGUGUGUGGACUGCUUCAAAAUCUGCUACUUAUGCAUCCUGGACUCAACAGAGCACUGAGAUUACCUCCUGUUGCUUCUCAUCUUCAGCAACCUUAUAGCCAUCUGUGGCUCCAGCUGCUGAAAAAAGUGUCAAGGAAAGGAAAUGCACAAGAAUGAGACAGAUGAAUAUAUUUUAGUGUAUUUAUUCAUUUCAAACUCCUUGUUAGUCAAUGUACAUAAUUAUACAUUGAAUUUAAUACAUUUUUUUGCCCAGAAAA